CUGCGCUCCACAGCUAGCACGGUGUGGAAGUUUCUCGCUCAUCUAGCCUACUAUGGCAAUACUGGACGUCUACGUUCAACUUCCCUUCAUGUCUCCUGAGAGCACCAGAAGAUGAGAGGUUACCAGGCCAUUAAGUACAUUCUUUUUUUCUGCUGCUACAUAUUUUGGGUCGCAAGUGCUGUCUUGAUUGCUGUUGGAAUCUAUGCAAAGAUAGCCAAAGAGAAAGAUGCCGUGGACACUUUGAUGACAGACCCGGCUCUGCUGCUCAUAGUCGUCGGGUCUUUGAUGUUGUCAAUCACCUUCUUCGGCUGCUGCGGGGCUCUGCGCAACGCCACUGUGCCACUGAAGCUGUUUUCAGGGAUUUUGCUGGUAAUUUUCCUAAUUCAGAUUACUGCUGGUGUGUUGGGAUUUCUCUACUCUGACUUGGUGUUAGAGAGGACGGAGCAGUUGAUGAGGAAGGCCAUUGUGCGAUACCGUGAGGAUUUGGACUUAGAAAACCUCAUUGACUUCAUACAGAAAAAGUUCCAAUGCUGUGGCGUGCACUCCUACACAGACUGGCACGCCAAUGUGUACUUCCAGUGUGAGGAGAGCAACCCCAGUCUGGAGGCCUGCGGAGUGCCCUUCUCCUGCUGCAGGAGGAACAGCAACGAGACGGUGUUCAACACUAUGUGCGGCUACAAGACCCAGAGCAUGAAGGAGAUGAAGGCUGUGCAUGACAUCUUCAUCAUCGGCUGCCUGGACAAGAUCGUCCGCUGGGGGAAGAACAACCUGUUCCUGGCGGGAGGCAUCACCGUGGGGCUUCUCUGUUUGGAGUUGUGUAUGAUUUGCUUGGCCUCAGUGCUGUUGUCUUGCAUCAGAAAGACACUGAAGAAGAAGAAACUCCUCAACCUGAGAAACUCGUGGAGACAGAUGACAAGAUGACAACGCUCUCCAGGCACCUCCCACCUCAGGAUACCUCACUCUUUUUGAUUAUGGAGAUCGCAUGACACACACCUACAAACACACACCUACAAACACACAUCUAUAAAAAAAACCUCUUUACUCAGAGACUGCAAAGUUGACAAAGUUUUUUUCUUUAAAUCCAUUUGAAUCCUUUUGUGCCAGUUUAGCAAAAGAAGCACCUUAAUUGUGAAUCACCAUUUUGAAGGCAGAAAUAUUGCUGAAACUACUCUGCAAUGUUGAAAACUACUGUGACGU